AUGCCGCCAAUCUCCAUCGACGGCGAAGAUUCGUUCCCAUUGGUAAAGGUUGUCGAGUAUCUCGAAUCUUCCAUGUCCACCGACCUCCUCGGCAAGUUCCCGGACAACUCGGCUUUCGACUUCAACUACGCACAGAGCUCCAUUUGGUCCCCUCUGCUCCCCCGUCCGCCGCCUUCCACCGCUGCAAGACUCGACCUUUCCCGGCGGCUGUCGUACGGCGAAACCGGCGGCGGCUUCCUGGAGAAUACGAAAAAAAUGGCUGCGAAGAUGAAGAGGAAAUUCGCCGACACCGUGCUCGGAAAUGUCAGGGGAUGCAGUAAGAUGAAGAGGAGAAAGAGGAAGUCUUUCGGGCUUUCUCAUGCGGGCUCGGGCCGCCAGCUGUCUUCUUCUUCCCCAAGUCCAAAGGCAUGGGCUAAAGUGAUGAAAGCAGCUGUGAAGAAAUUCAAGAAGAGGAAGAACAAGAAUGUUGUACACUUGACAUCUUGA